GAUCGGCCCGAGAAAGAAUCGACUGGGAAUUCUCCCUCGAGAUUGUUUUUUUUCCCCCUCUCCGCCUGUCUGGAAGAGGGUGUCUGGGGUUUUGUGCUAUUAUCGAUUAGGCAUCAUCAGCAUCCCUACUUGAUUGCUUUUUGGGGUUUUUUCCCCUCGAAAGUUGGGGGUCACACACACACACACACACAGAGGCCAGGUAGGGUGCUUGCCCUUCCUCUACGGUGCUUUGCUGUUAUUUUCUUGUAAUUCAUUUUAUUUUAAUUUUAUUUUUUAUUGCCAAACGGUGAUGUAAGAGAGGAAGACUCCUUGGGACCGAAGGGAGCUGGUGGCAGCAACGCCUUCAUUGUCUGCGGUGAAAGGAGGGGCGAGCGGGGGGACACACACACACACACCCGCCGUGGAGCUGGGAGACGGUCCGGGCCCGGCAGACAAAAUGGCCUGGCCGUGCAUCAGCCGGGCCUGCUGCAUCGCCCGCUUCUGGAACCAGCUGGACAAAGCCGACAUCGCCGUGCCUUUGGUCUUCACCAAAUACUCGGAAGCCACCGAGAUCCCAGGGACCCAGGUGGUCCUGCAGCAGCAGCAGCAGCAGUUGCCACCGCCACGCCCGCCGGCAGCCGCCAUCGAGACCCAGCCUGUGGCUGCCCUUGGCAGUGACCUGGAUGCGGUUGCCAGGGCAACCUCUGGGGCUGUGGACCACACGCCCGCCGCUGGCGGGGCUGGGGCUUCGGCCGGGGGCACCAAAGGUGGCCAUGCCUCCUCGAAGGAGCACCCCACGGCCGACUCCGUCAUGCGCCAGGACUACAAGGCCUGGAAGGUCCAGAGGCCAGAGCCCAGCUGCAAGCCGAAAAGCGAGUACCAGCCCUCGGACACCCCCUUCGACUCCGAGAGCCAGUACCAGAAAGAUUUCCGGCCUUGGCCCAUCCCCAAGAGGGGGGACCAUCCCUGGAUCCCGAAGCCCCUGCCCAUUCCCGCCGUGGAUCUGGACCGGGGCUCCAAGGAACGGUCGGGGAGCCAAGAAAGGAGGAAGAAGCCCCCGCAGGGCCAAGAGCCGGAGGAGCGGGCCAAGGAAGACGAGGCCAAGCCGGCCAAGCCCGAAGAAGCCAGGCCCAAGAAGGUGAAGAAGAGGGUCCAUCUGGCCGAGGAUGGCGCACAGCCACCCUCCCGGUUGGCCGCGGGGUACUCCACGGCGCUGGACACGGCCAAAGGGCGAGCGGCAGUGGAUGCCCUCAACUGGCAGAUCAAGGAGGUGUUCACGGGGCGGGCAAGCACUUCCUCUUACAGAAACGAAUUCCCGCCAUGGAAGGACGUCAAAAUGGUGAAGCCUGUCAGAUCCAAGCCCCAGUACAAGCCUCCGGAGGAGAAAAUGAACCACCGAACGAGCUACAGCACCCAGUUCACUGCCGAAAGCGCGAAGCCCGCUCUGGCCGACAACAAAUUCCUGGAGCACCGAAGGAUACGCACGCUCUACAGCGAACCCUGCAAGGAAGCGUCAAGGGUGGAGAAGCCGAGCCCCCAGCCUUCUAAACCAAAAAAGACGACCGCAAGCCAUAAACCGCUGAAAAAGGCCAAAGAUAAGCAGAUGGCAUCCAGCCGGUCGGCCAAGAAGAAGACGGCCGAGAGCCCUGGGGGAACCAGCGUCGUCGUCAUCGCCGAGGAGAAGGAGAAAAGCAAAGAUAUGAACAAUAAACUGGCCGAGGCAAAAGAGAGCCCCGAAAAAGCCGCCAUUGCUACAUCUAAGGAACCAAGUUCCUUAAGGCAGAACCAACCCAUGGAAGUUCUGGCCCUGCCUUCCAUUCCAGAGGAAACGGUUGGAACAAGCAUGUCGCCUGCAUGAAACCU